ACUUUGAGAAGCGCAAACAAAGGCAUUUUUUUAACCACGGGCAUUUGGGCUAGGUCCUAAUUUGAGCAUGUUUGUUGCUCGUGGUAUCUGAAAAUUUCACGGCCUUCCCCUGUUCUGCUCUGUCUCUUACUUUCUUUCAUUCCAGAGCGGCUACUAGCAAACGAAAUGCUCCCCGUGCCUCGGCUCUUCCGUUCUCGCUCCUCGCCGCGGCCCACCCCUGCUCCAGCCCGGCGUGCCUGCUCGUCUCCACCACCCAGCCUAUACCUCUCCUCAAAGCACCGUUGAGGUCAUCCCGACGCGGCGGCGUAGGAAGACCGCCGGCCGCGACCGCGACCGCGCCCACCCCCGCCACGCGCGGCAGCUGCUCGACGGAAUGCCGGCCUCGCCGCGAGACGCCAUCUUCCGCGCCACCAACGCGCGCGUCUAGCCGCGGCAGCGCCGGCCCUGCCCCAGUGCGGGCGCGCGCUUCUUUGGCGGCGGCUCGGUGGCGUUCCCGAGGAAUGGAUGAUGGGAUCGGUGGUGUUCAAGAAUCAAGUGACAUGUCUAUUUCGAGCGAUGACGACGGCAUUACGCAACGAAGGGAAAGCAAUGUGGAGCUUGCACAUGGCCCUGCUGAAGCUCAACCAGAUGGAUCACUUGGAGAACCUGAAGUGGGGAUGUCCUUUGGUACCGAGAAUGAGGUGAGAGAGUACUACAACACAUAUGCUAAAGCAAAAGGCUUUGGUGUGACGAGAAGGAGCUCAAACCGUGAUGAUAAUGGACAACUGAAGUACCUUACGUAUUCCUGCUCUCGCUAUGGUAAGGCUCAGUCCAACUCAGGAAAUAUGUUGAAGCCAAGUCGAACAGCCGGGACAGGAUGUAAAGCUAAAAUCAAUAUCACCCGUGCUCCCGAUGGGAGGUUUCAUCUUUCGACGGUCAUUUUGGAUCAUAAUCAUACAUUAAGUCCACUUAAACCUCGGCGGUUCAGAUGCAACAAAAAGUCAGACUUCCGUGUCAAGCGAAGGCUUGAGCCGAAUGACCCGGCUGAAAUACGAGUAAACAAGAGUUCAACCAUACCUCGUGUCACACACUUUGACAUCGAGAAGCAAUUUCAAUCAGCCUAUACGAAUUCGAAGUUCAAAGAAUUUCAAGAAGAGCUAACACAAACUAUGUACUGUGAUCGGAAGUUGAUGCAAAAGGAGGGGGCGAUAGAAACGUAUGAAAUCACCGAGGAUGUGCUGAUUGACGAAGAUAAAGGAUGGAGAAAAGAUAUUGUGCACCAUGUAUACUUCAGUGAGGAAGAGUUUGAAGUUAAGUGUUCAUGUCGCCGCUUUGAGUUCACUGGUAUUCUCUGUAGGCAUGUGUUAUGUGUGCUCACUCACAAGAAAAUCAAGGAGGUUCCGCCACAAUACGUCCUUGAUCGGUGGAAAAAAAAUGUGAAUAGAAAGCACAACUUUAUCAGAUGCACAUAUGGCGGCAUGGAAGACACUCCUGCUGCAGAACGUUUUGAUAGAUUGUGCAAUUCUUUCUACCCAGUUGCAGAGAUAGGCGCCAUGUCAGAUGAUUCAUGCAAUGCUUUGAUGGAAGAGCUUCACACCCUGAAAAUUCGAUUCUCUAGCAACUCAAGUUCUGAAAAUGUUAAGGAACAUGUUGCUACACGGGAAGAUGCACCUUCGAAUGGAAAGACAACAAGUAAAACUAUACCAAGUCCAAUAGCUGUCAGGUGUGCUGGAUGUCCUCUACCGAGAAAAGAAUCUAUGCUUGAUAAGCUUAUUUGUCAAGCAAACGAAAAGAAGAAGGAAGCUGAACAAAAGGCUUCCUCCACAAAUUUAAACAAGAAAAGGCCCCGAAAAAAUAGAAAAUCAUCAGUGGAUGAUAUUCUAGAACAACCUGUUAUGGAACAUUCGAGUCAGCAACCUGUUUGUUUGGAUGGCCCAGCUAGUAGCAUCACAUCUCAGAGAACAUUUGACUUGGCUAUUACCACUAGCAACAUAAAUCCAUCUGUGACAGCUGCAAUACCAUCUGGAGGUUCAUCGACAAUGGUUAUGCCUCAAAUUCUUGGAGAAUACACACUUAUGCCAUUUCAAGUUCAACAAGGAUCGACUAUAGUGUCCAGCUCUGCAGAAUUACACUUUGAUGGAAUUGGAGGGCUCAAUAAUAAGGUGGAUCGGAGUUAGACAGGAUUUAUGUAGAAGUGGGAGCAUAGAAACAGCCUUAGAUUAGUAGCGGAUUCAGUCAGCCGGGGUCGCCAAUUGCUCCUGUCACUCUCCAGGACUCCAUGUCUGGGAGCUUUCUAUUCCAACUGUUUGUUUCAAGUUCUAGUUGUGCAUCGUACAAGCAGGUUGGAAAUGCCAUUCUUUUUCAUGUGCUUCAGGAUAUAUGUAGUGUAAGAUGGCUCUUCCAUGUCAAUCUUGUCUAAAGCAUCAGCAUCACCGUGCUACUAACCCCAGCUUGAUAAUCUUUAUUUGUCAUUCUCAGCAAUCAAUCAGAGAAAAGUAUCACCUCCGUACCAAAAUGUAAGAGUUUUUUUGGUUUUGCGUAGGGCAUAAAAAACGUCUUACAUUUUGUUACAGAUUGAGUACUACAUAAGGAUGUUUCUAGCAGACAUAUUUCCUUUUCAUGAUCCUAGUUGGAAAAAGUAUGAUCACUAAAGUAGUGAUCUAAACACUCUUAUAUUUCUUUACGGAGGGAGUACAUGCUUUACAAUCUUUCAAACUUUCCAGGACUAGACAACCUUGGUUUUAUUGAUUAGAUUGGAGUUUACAACCGCACAAAUUCAUUUAACGCAAAGUACAAGUUACAAUCAACAGCAACUACAUGAGCAAUUCUGUUGGGAAGUUGCGCAUUCCAGUUAUCUUCUGUUCCAGAGACAAGUGCAUGAUCUGCAACCUCAUGUGCUAAUUCGCUUUGGUCUCUUUUGAUUUGGUGAAACUGCACCUGGUGCUUCUUGCCGGACUGCACAGAGGAUAUGACCUAGGCUGGAGUGACUGUAUGCCUCUCCCUGCAAAGGAGAAACAAUAAAAGCAGAGUCAUUUUCCAAUUUAUUUUCAGUGGCACACCGACAGGUUUGUCCAGGCCGUCCCGAGCCGAAUGCCAUAGAGACAUGCAUGGACUUUCAACUCCCUCGGCACAAAGGCAUCUCACAUGUUUUUUCUUUUCUUUUUUCAUUUAACAUUCUCAGUGGAAGGAUGAACAGAAUUCAGAACAAACUGGGCUGAAUUUACACACAGGUAACAUGUGCUGUCAAGUGUCAAGUUCCACGGACUGUCAAGACUCAAGAGGAGGCAGGGCUAUGUUGGAAGACCUAAAUAUUUUGACGAAAGGCCCUCCAACAUAAUGUUCAGAGUUCAGACUGCUCUUCAUUUCUUCCUUGCCAAGUCCUCAUAUUUUCACUAAAUGGAAUAGAUGAUUUCUCCUGACCAAGCUUCAUAUAUAUUCGAUAUGUGAUUGAAUUC